GUUACGUAACCCGGAUGUGCUUAGUAGCGUAGCCAGUUAGCUAUCAGCCCAUGUACGCAUGCAAACAUAACGGCGGCAGACGGUAACAACCUGGAUGCUGAUUCCCUGCAUCCAGGACAUCACACGUGGACCCUCUGACAUCCUGGUCCCCCGUCUCAUGUGAUCCUCCACAUUGAAACCAUGUCCAGUCAGACCGGAGCAGCGUCCCCCCUGCGCUUCGGCCAGGUGGUCAUUGGACCCCCGGGCUCAGGGAAGACCACGUACUGUCAGGGGAUGCAGGAAUUCCUGACUCGGCUCGGGCGCAAGGUGGUUGUGGUGAACAUGGACCCUGCCAACGAAGGACUCCCGUAUCCCUGCGCGGUAGAUGUCUCGGACCUCGUCACUCUGGACGAUGUGAUGGAGGGCUUGAAGCUCGGACCCAACGGCGGGCUCCUCUACUGUAUGGAUUAUGUAGAAGCAAACCUGGACUGGUUAGAGAACAAGCUGAAGGAGCACAGCGACUGUUACUUCCUGUUCGACUGUCCUGGACAAGUGGAGCUCUACACCCACCAGAGCUCAGCAAAGAACAUCUUCUCACAGCUGGCCAAGUGGAACUUCAGGCUGACAUCCGUGCACCUUGUGGACUCCCACUACUGCGCUGACCCAGCCAAGUUCAUCUCUGUGCUCUGCACCUCGCUGUCCACCAUGCUGCACGUGGAGCUCCCCCACGUCAACAUCCUCUCCAAGAUGGACUUGAUUGAGCAGUAUGGCAAACUGGCCUUCAACCUGGACUUCUACACAGAGGUCAUGGAUCUGACCUAUCUCCUCGAUCACCUCGCUGCAGACCCCUUCUUUAAGAAAUUCCACCGUCUAAAUGAAAAGUUGGCGGAGGUCAUACAAGAUUACAGCCUCGUCUCCUUUGUGCCUCUCAAUGUGCAGGACAAAGAGAGCAUGAUUCAGGUCUUGCGAGCCGUGGACAAAGCCAACGGCUACUGCUUUGGAGACCUGGAGGAGAGGAAUCUGCAGGCCAUGAUGUCAGCUGCUGUGGGGGCAGACUUCCAGUUCGACUCCACUCUUGGAGUGCAAGAGCGAUAUGUUGAACCUGGGGGAAAGACCGUGGAGGAGGAAAUGAUGGAUCUGUAAAGUGAAAAGCCCAAAUAAAAAGGACAAAACUAGUUGCCUUUUUAGCACCAGUAUACCAAGGGAGUCUUGGCAACAUCCAUCUAACUUGGCCUGGAUUCUGAGCCUCUCUGCUAAAGUGGCAGUGGAGAGAUGGGAUCUAAAUUUGGGUGUUGUAGAUGCUUCAAGGUUGCACCACACCUCAUAAAAAUCCCAAUAAGGAACACUGAAGGGAGUGAAUGCAAAGCUUCAGAUUCAUCGUAUUUUGUCACAAGGACGUUUUCAAUAAAUGCCGUAACAUUUUCUUGAAAUGUAUCAAAUGUAAAAGCCAUCAAUUAGGAUUUGUUUUGUUAAAUGAGUACGGUCUCCUCGUUUUAUGGAGCACAGAGAUAUCCCCACGGGUAUGUAUCAUGUGGAGGUCCUAUUCAUUCUGAAACAAAGACUGCAAUUAAUAUAAGCAUUGUUUUGGGUCUUCUCCUUUUGGAAUGCAUUAACUGAAAAUAAAAGAUUCAUGCUGA